CGGCGACCACACGCGGCUCCGUCUCGCCGUUUAUUCCGCGUCCUCCACCAUGCAGCAGCCAAACGGUCCCGGUGGAAGGCCGAGCAGAGGCAGGCUCUCCCACCGCACCUCCUGCCCCUAUCACCGGCUCUCGCUGUGGAUCAAGGCCGCUGUCCCCGCGCUCAGUAUGGGUUAAGCGCUGGCGGGCGGACGGACUGCGCGCUCCGGAGGAUGGAGACUCGCUCGGAUUGUUUUUUUUUUCUGAUUUUGGACACAGAGAGACAGACGCGUCCGGACGGAGAGAGCGCGUAGAGACUGAGAGAGACAGAGAGAGAGAGGCGCUGAAACCGCAGCCUUUCCUUCCUUUUCCUUUCCUCCCUUUGCUCUCCGUCUCUUUUUGAGAGAUGAUUGCAGAUCUGGUGUGCAGCGCCGUGGCUCUGGUUCUCUAUGUGAACACGCUGGGCGCUGAUUUCUGCUACGAUGACAGCCGGGCAAUCAAAACCAACCAGGACCUUCUCCCCGAGACGCCCUGGGUCAACGUCUUCUACGACGACUUCUGGGGAACGCUGCUCACCCACAGCGGCAGCCACAAGUCCUACCGGCCGCUCUGCACGCUCUCCUUUCGCCUGAACUACGCUGUGGGGGGUCUGGAGCCGUGGAGCUAUCACCUUGUGAACGUGGUGCUGCACUGUGCGGUGACUGCGCUGUUCUCUAGCCUGGCGGGUGCGCUGCUGGGACGGGGAUGCUGGAGGCUGCUGGCCGGCCUGCUCUUCGCCUCCCACCCUGUCCACACGGAGGCGGUGGCCGGCAUCGUGGGCAGGGCAGAUGUGGGAGCCGCGCUUUUCUUUCUGCUGGCGCUGCGCUGCUACGUAUGCCACUGCACCCUGCGGGCUGAGGGGGCCUGGGGCCAGUGCUGGGCAUGGUUCCUGGGCAGUCUAGCCUGCUCUGCCUGCAGCAUGCUGUGGAAGGAGCAGGGCGUCACCGUGCUGGCUGUAGCGGCCGCGUACGACGUGUUCGUCUUCCACAGGAUGAGCCUUAAGCAGCUUCCAGGAAUCUUCUAUAAGAAGAAGAACAUGCGCCUGUUGCUAAGCGUGUUCCUCCUGGGCUCCUGGGGGGUCUUCCUGCUAGGUUUCCGCCUGUACUGGAUGGGCAACAAGCCACCGAACUUCUCCAACUCGGACAACCCCGCAGCGGACUGCCCUAGUCUCCUAACCAGGGCGUUAACCUUCUUCUACCUUCCUGCCGUGAACGUGUGGCUCCUCCUCUGCCCAGACAUGCUGAGCUUCGAUUGGUCCAUGGACGCCCUGCCUCUCUUGAGGAGCGUCACUGAUCUGAGGAACCUCCACACUGUUGCGUUCUACGCCGGACUCCUGGCACUGACCUGGUUUGGUCUUUGCAGCAGUCGUGCAAGCAAGGGAAGCAAGGGGAAGGAGACCAAUGGGAAGGCGCAUCAUGUCGCCAACGGAAAGUCCACUACCAAUGGACAUAGCUACCACUCAGACUAUGAACACUCCAUUCCAGACUCAGAAUCAGUGCAGGCGAAUGGGAAUGGUACCAAAAAUCACUAUGUAGCCAGAACUUCUUUGCCCACUACUGAGAAUGUAGUGGUUUUCUCAUUAGGCCUGCUGGCAAUCCCUUUCCUCCCUGCCACUAAUCUGUUCUUUUAUGUGGGCUUUGUGGUGGCAGAGCGGGUCCUCUACAUCCCCAGCAUGGGCUUCUGUCUGUUGGUGGCAGUGGGGGUGAGGGCUUUGUGGGUCAGGCUGAGGAGAAGGUCCAGCAGGACUCUGGUGCUGGCCUGUAGUGCUGCUCUGGUGCUUGUGUUUGGGGUUAAAACAGUUCUGAGGAACCAGGAUUGGCACAAUGAGGAGAUGCUGUACAAGUCAGGGAUAACUGUGAACCCUGCUAAAGCCUGGGGCAAUCUGGGAAAUGUCCUGAAGAACCAGGGGAAGAUGGACGAAGCUGAGCGAGCCUAUAGGAAUGCUCUGUACUACCGGAGGAACAUGGCUGACAUGCUGUAUAAUCUGGGUCUGCUACUGCAGGAGAACAGCAAGUUCUCUGAAGCUCUGCAGUACUAUAAGCUGGCCAUUGGGAGUAGGCCAACUCUGGCUUCUGCCUACUUGAACACAGGUAUAAUCCUGAUGAACCAGGGCCGCCUGGACGAGGCAAAGCGCACCUUCCUCACCUGUGCAGACAUCCCAGACGAGAACCUGAAGGAUCCUCAUGCACACAAGAGCUCCGUCACCAGCUGCCUCUACAAUCUGGGCAAGCUGCUACAUGAACAGGGCCAUCAGGAGGAGGCACUGUCUGUGUAUAAAGAAGCUAUCCAGAAGAUGCCCAGGCAGUUUGCUCCUCAGAGUUUGUACAACAUGAUGGGAGAGGCCUACAUGAGGCUGAACAAGCUGUCGGAGGCGGCGCACUGGUACAGGGAGUCUCUCCGAGCCAAACCAGACCAUAUUCCAGCACACCUUACCUACGGCAAGCUGCUGGCCAUGACGGGUCAGAAAGCAGAAGCUGAGAAGUACUUUCUGAAGGCCAUUCAGCUCGAUCCCGCUAAAGGAAACUGCUACAUGCAUUACGGUCAGUUUUUGCUGGAGGAGUCCAGGCUGCUGGAGGCUGCUGAGAUGGCGGAGAAGGCUGCUGGGUUGGACAGUGAGGAGUUUGAUGUUGUCUUCAGUGCAGCUCACAUGCUUCGACAAGCCAGCCUCAAUGAUGCUGCAGAGAAGUACUACAAGCAAGCAGCAAGCCUGAGACCUAACUACCCUGCAGCCCUGAUGAAUCUCGGAGCAAUCCUUCACCUGAACGGAAAACUCCAGGAGGCCGAGGCCAAUUACCUGCGAGCCCUGCAGCUCAAGCCCGAUGACACCAUCACCCAGUCCAACCUGCGCAAGCUGUGGAACAUCAUGGAGAAGCAGGGCCUGAGGACCAUGGCGCCCUGACUCUAAGACACUAAUGAGCUUCUUGACGUGGAGCUCAGUGUGAAUGAUGCCCUCGCUGUUGAUGCAGUGUGCAGCCUGACCGAGCAGGUCACCAAGAGCCAGAUGUCUUGGGAGUCACUAUUUUGGGAUUCCUCACCACAUGAGUGGUUUCACAUUUGGUACAUUUGAGAACUUUUUUUGAGAAGUGCAACUUUAGAACUUCAAAAACUUCUGCUCUAGAAUUGCUUUUUGCCCUGCUCCAAGUUCUCAGCUAGACGCUUGGGGCUGUUGGUACAUACUUGAAGCUUCUCUAUACCAUGGAUUCGAAUUAAUAGAGUUGAUUGAUGCUAAAUUGAUGUGGGUUUGUGCGGAGCAACAUUUGCUCUGAGGAAGUAGAAAAUUAAGUGGGAGUGAAAUUCCUGAGGAAUACCAUGAAGUUCCAUAAAGCUGAAUCAGAGCCUGAAUCAGCUUCAGUGGAUUUAUUUUUUUGUUAGUUUUGUGUUCAUGAUUACAUUCAUUAGAUUUCUUUUCAAAAGAAAUCAUGUCUGUUUGAUUUCAUUCACACAGUGAAAGAAAAGAAAUCUUUGCCAUCUCUAAAGUAAAGGUGUGUCAAUGUUGAUGUUGCAUAGAGAACAGUUUCAACACUGGUAAAGGAAUUUGUAGUGCAUAAAUUCAUCAAUUAUCAUAUUUCAGUCACUGAUCAUGUGUUUUUGAUGCUAACUUUGUCAGAUCAUUGACUCAUCAUGGCGUAAUGCUUUGCUCUAAAAAGAUUGCAAACGAAAGAUGUCAAUAAUAAUGAUGAUAAUGUUGAAGAUUAUGAUGAUGAUCUUGUUGAAUUGUGGACUACACUAAGUGAAGUUCUUAAAGUGAAGGUAAGCUCUUCUGAAGGGAUUUUGAUGAAGUCAGUGUUUUGUUCAACCUACAAUGUUGCUAAUACACAUGCUAAGAUAUGAUCUAAUGGAGCUGUCACUAUUUGAAUAGUGUUCAGCUUAAAAACAGAGGAGUUUGAAAUGUUUUGCCAAAAAUGAUAAGCAUAAUUCUUGAAAGUCCAAUAAGCUGCGGGUAGCUUGAAGGAAAUUUGGGGAAUUACUUUGUGAAGAUUUGUUUUUUUGCCUUACUUUCACAAAAUGCAAGCAAAAAACUGUACUGUAGCAAAAGAACUAAAAAUAGAAAAACUGAGACAGCUUCUAAAAUUGAGAGCUAAAUCAUUUUCAAAUUGUUUUGCUUAGAAGGGUAUUAUUAGUUAUUGCACAUGUUGUAUAAAUGAAGUGGUACAGAAGGGUUUUUCACAACACAUCUGUUAAUUAGAUUUUGUUUAUGACCUUAUUGUUAAGUUGGGAUAAAGUUAUGGCCCAGAGAUUUUGCUCUGGUUACUACACACCAAUGAGCCAAAAGAUUAUGACCACCUGCCUAAUAUACUGUAUCUGUUAGUUCUCAAAAUAACUCACUCUAUCCAUUAUUACAUGCACGCGUGAAGCCUGUAUGGGUAGCCUGACUGAGAAUAAGAAUGUUUGGUUUAUGGAUUUUGUGUUUGUUCCAUGUGUAGAUGUCAGAAAUGGGACCAGAAAGGUUUGGACAUUGCGAUUGAGACAAUGAGAUUUUCUUGGGCUGUAAUGAUGGGGCUUUACCCAUUUGAAAAAGUUCAACUGGGGCCCAGUAAAAACACAAGUACAACCCCCUCAGAGCCAAUGCCAACCUGGAGGCCAUCUAGCUUAUGUUCCACUUGUAAACUGGAACAAGUCCAAGUCCUGAAAGUGCUCUUCACCAACUAAUCCAGACUAUGGCAGCAGAUUCUUGUAGGUCCAAGUACUGUAAAAAUUGUACUGUAAAUAAGCUGUAAGCAAAUCACUCCUGGAAGAUGGAGCUCCCAAGGGUCGGACUUGGCCUCUCAUGUGAUGGAAAAUAAACCUCAUCAGGACUCAUCCGAGCAGGCAGCCUUUUCCCGUAGCUCUUAGAUCAGGGGUCGGCAAUUAAGUUUGGCCGCGGGCCAGAUAAUUUCCAUGCCUGUUUCCAAAUCAGUUUUGUAAAAUGAAGAGUAAUGGGAUGGAGUGCUACAGACUAGUAGCUCUCCAGCCCAGAGGGUUGUUGAACCCAAUUGUAGAACAUUUGAUCUCAAAGCAGGUAAACCCAAGAAGAAAGAAAAAAAUUAAUAAAGAAACACAUUGCUCCUCAUGCGGUAUUAAACCCGAGUCAUCAGGGUCGCGGUCCAAUACGCUACUGCUGCCCUGUCUAGUGAAUUGGGACAUAGCCAGGUAAAAACGUCCUUAUAAGAGAUUUAUUUUUUUUUCAUUAUCAUUCAUUAUAGUUCAAACAACCUCACAGGCCAAAUGUUUUAUGCUUUCCAGCCACAUCUGGCCCCUGGGCCGCCUAUUGCCGACCCCUGUCAUAGAUGCUUAAUGGUCUGGGGUUAGCAUGAGCACUCUCAUUGACCAGGUUCUGGCUAUUUGGAGAUGCUCCAGCCCAGUUAUCUGUCAGAGUCUUUGUAAAGAUUCACUUAGGACAUCACCCUUGUCCAUUUCUCUCACAUCCAACACCAUUGGUUUAGUAACCGUCUAAUAUACAAUCAUACAAAUGAGAUUCUCUUCACCUCUUAGUGGUUUUAAUGUAAUGGCUGAUUGGUGUAUAUGGGGCUUGUAAGUUAUUAAAGUGAUAAUUUCCUAUUUCAGAUAAAAAGGUGUUCAGCCCUUUAAUUCCCUCAUGGAUUGAUCAUACCUAUGAUUGGUGUAAGACCUUGAUGUUCAGUUUAGUUUAUUUAGUAAUUUCUAAAAUAUAUUUCCCACUUGGUCAUUUGUAAAAUUGUUCUUUAUUUUUACAGUUUUUUUUUUAUGAUUUUAUUUACCGAUUUUGAAUUUAUAGUAUUUCACUAUUCCUAAACACAAACAAUAACCAUACCUGGCCUGCCAAAACAUGUGGUUGUUCUUUUUUUGUGGGGAUUUUAUUAUAGUCAUUAUAGAUCCAGAUGUUCCACAGCUUCUUUUGGCCUAAAUCAUUUUACACAAUAAUCCAGCCAAGUCAGACUGCCGUCCACCCAGGUCCUCUAGCAGCACCACAUCUAAUUUCAUUAGAUUAGUCAUGAGUAGUAAAAUAUCACAGAGAUAUCACACAAAUACUGUAAAUGCACAGCUAUGACAGUCUCCUAACCAAAUAUAAAACAUGUUGCACUCAUCUAACAAUGCACAGCCAUAGACAGGUGUUGUAAGAAGCUCUUUAUAUGUAAUUGUGGUGGAUUAUUUUCUCUUUUUUUUUAUUAUUUUGUUUUAUUUUUUUUUGUAUCACUCAUAUGGAAUAUUUUAAAUGUACAAAGUAAACCUAAUAUAUAAGAUGGGACAGAUAGUAUAAAAUGACUAGUUGUGUUGCUCACAUGCGAUGUUGAGCCAGAAUUUAUACAAUUCUAACUGUGUCCUCAUAAAGCAUCUUAUGUUUUCACUUAUUUUAUGUUCUCCUUAUCUGUUCAUAUUUUGUUGUUUUUUUUUUAUUCAGGUUUUAUGAAUUUGUACAUGUUUUGUCUGAGAAUAUAUUACGUAAUGUAAUUAACGGUUCUGUACUGUAGUCAACCUUGCCACUAUCUCACAUUUGUUUCAGUUAUGUCAAGUCAUGAAGAAUAUUUAGAUCAUUUGACUUUUGUAUUGUUUUUUUUUUUAUUUGUUUUUGUUUUUUGAGAAAUGAUGUGUUUCUCACAGAUGAAGGGCCUAUUGUUGGAUGCUUAGCUGAUUUAAUUCCUUAAUUUAUUUCCUUUUGUGUUGUCUUGGAUAAAAACAAAAUAAACCAGCUGGCACUGUGUUGUAUGUCAACCAUGCACUUGGGACUAAUUCAUCCAUUCUUUGCAGCAGAGGUUAAGGUGGCCAUGAUGUGAGAACGUGUGCAGGUGUGAGAGUAGACUACUGUAACUGCAACACUCUUCAAAUCAAAUUAGUGAGUGUGUUUACAUGCACAUUAUAAUCUGAAUAGGAACUGGUUUCUGGCAGUGAUGUAAACAGCAUACUCCAAUAUACCUGAUUAAAAAUUCAAAAAAAGAGAUGAAUUUCAGGUCAGUAAUUAGAUUUCUCAGUGCAUGUAUACUCUUAUCUGGAGUAUUCUCAGAUAUCUUAGUCUGCGGAUGUGUGAAAAUACAUAUAAAUACAAAUACAUGUUAAUAUGCGUGCAGUGCUAAACACAACACGUGCGAGUUGGCAACAAAACCAUUCCAAAAACUGAUGUAUAUUUUCUUAUUGUGGCUCAGUGUUUAAAAAAAAAAAAAAAAGUUAUGGCAUGAACCGACACAUCCCAUUCUGUUAAUUUAUUGGCUGUAUGCAAUCAAACCCUUACCCUUAUAAACUUUUAAAAAAGUUGUCUUCCCAUUAUGUAAUUCAUUUCCGAAUUCAUAAAUUCAUGUACAUAAAUGUUUUAUUUGGAUUGCUGACACACUCUAAUGUUCUGCAGUAAUAGGAUUUUAUAGUGCGUUUAAACAGCCUCACUGAUUUGAAUGAGUUUAGCAGUUUCAGAUUCAGAUUGUGGUCUUUUCUGCUUACCAGUAGUUUAUCUGGGAUUACCAUUACAUUUAAAUGCCUACAUUAUCACUGAUCUGAGCUCAUCAGUUAUGCAUACUGCACCAUUCUAGCUCCUUCCUAUGGAGCCCCUUGAAGGAACAGUGUGUAUUUUGUUUAAUCUGUAGAUAAAGGGACGUAGUGUCAUUUUUUAAUCACCAGAUACUAAACGAAUGAAAAAAACACAUUGGAUUUUUCUGCUCACCACUUAGUAUCUGGUGAUUACCGCAUAGUGCACAUCAGACGUGCACCAGAAUUUUUCCUGAAAGUUAAAUACACCAUGUCCCUUCAGGAGCUCCAUACCUUCUCAGUAAGCUCAGUGGUUUUUCCUGUAGUUCUGCUGAGCUGUGGCUCAUCUCUCUUCACAGAGUUAAUCACAGUGCUCACUCUGCUGUUGUGUAAACCUGGGUGGGUGGGUAUGUGACUGUGUGCAGACUGUGCUGUGUGUAGCUGUGCUCACCAUGUGUUCACCCUCCUCUCCUCACCUUUGUGUGUUAGUGUGUCUCCUCACCCACGCAGAACGACACGAAACAAGCACCGUUACACAUUGCGUGUUUUUGUCUUUCCUCAGGGAUUUCAGGCGGUGGGGUCACUGCAGAACCGUGCUCAGUACGAGCACAGAGAGUUUACUAAAUUAAGAAAGUUUUAUUUUUUGAAACGGUGUUGUAUUUGUAUAAAUUAUCGAUUUGUAGACUUUCUUUCUUCCCUUUUUGUAAUAUUCGAACAAACUAUGUGCCAGAUUGGACUUUUCCUGAUGUCACGCUUUUUCCAUAAUAAAGUACUGGUGUCUUGCUUUU